AUGUCUCUCAUCGCACAAUGGGUCGACACAACCUUAGAAACCACAGGCAUGGACGCAGUGGAUGCUCUACGCGCGUUCUUCCUGCUGGCCGCCGCCACAACCGUCUCCAUCAGCAUCCCGUCCUCCCUGCGCGACCGCUUCCUCGUCUAUGGGCCCCGCGCAACCUCAACCUCGACCUCGUCCGACCAGUCGGCCGCGGCUCGUGCCCAGCCUGCAGGUGAGGGUAAGCGUGCGGGACGGGGAAUCCUCGACUAUGUGGCGACAUGGCAGGUGCCCCAUAGCUAUUUUACGCAAUUUUAUAUUGUUUCCCUACUCUCGUCUGUGUUCUGGGCGGCUCAGUUACUGUCCCGGGGCGUGGUGUUCCAGGCUAUUGCAACUCGGGUGAACGAGGAGCAUCGGCAGCAGUCGAUGUCCAUGACGCAGCUUGUUAUUUGUUGGAUUUUGUUGGCUAUGCAGGGAUCCCGCAGGUUGUGGGAGUGCAUUAAUUUUUCGAAACCUUCAUCUUCGCAGAUGUGGGUUGUUCACUGGCUGCUAGGUUUGGGUUUCUAUCUGGCUGCGGGUGUGGCGAUCUGGAUUGAGGGCUCAGGAACGCUGUUGACCAAGGAUCUGACGAUCCAUCAUCUGAAAAUCACCAACGCUCCAAGCAUGCGGACAUUCUUCCUCGUCCCAGUCUUCCUAGUCGCAUCAGGCCUACAGCACGACUCCCACCACUACCUUUUCUCAUUAGAAAAGUACACCCUCCCUCAACAUCCCAUGUUCAGUGGUGUCGUGUGCCCUCACUACGGAGCAGAGUGCGUCAUCUACCUAUCACUCUCGCUACUAGCCGCGCCACGCGGAGCCCUAGUGAACAAGACCAUGCUCGCCUGCAUGGCAUUCGUUGCCGUAAACCUAGGCCUAACAGCCCGGAAUACCAAGGCAUGGUAUGCACAAAAGUUCGGUAAAGACUCGGUCAAAGAUUGGUGGUAUAUGAUUCCUUGGCUGUACUAG